ACAAAAUGAAAGAAAGAAAAUCGAACGUAGACGAAGUAGACGCCAGAGGUGAGGUGAGGUGAGGUGAGGUGAGACGCGGGUGGUUGGUUUUGGUUCUCCGAGCCUCUCUCUCUCUAUCUCUCUCUCUCUCUCUCUCUCUCUCCCUUUUAUCUUCAACUCUCAUCCACACCACACCACACCACACCACGUUUCUCAUUCUCCACGAACUCCUCUCUCACUCACUCUUUCGCUCUCCUCCUUCCCUCCCUCUCUCUCUCUCUGUACCUUCUUUCUUCUUCUUCGUUUUCAAUAAUGGCUUUGCAGUCAUUGGCUCCGAUUCCUCAGCUGGUUCAUUGCUCCAAUAAUGGCCGCUCGCCCGCCCAGCCUCUUCGGAACGGGCGCUUCGUCGUCGAUUUCGUCGGGCUCUACUGUAAAUCGAAGCGGACCCGCAGGAAAGUCAGAGCCUCCGAGCAUCGGUCCUUCCCUCAAUUCGUUUCCAGGAGCUACUCGGUCAACGCUGUUCUUGACCUUGGACGUAGCGAUGCUGCUUUGGAUCAAUCAGCUGCUUCUCCUCCUUCGGAUUUGAAGCCAAAGGUUGCAGACUUGCAUGAUAUUAUAGCAGAAAGGGGAGCUUGUGGAGUUGGAUUCAUUGCCAAUUUGGAAAACAAAGCAUCCCAUGGGAUUAUUCAAGAUGCUCUAACAGCUCUUGGCUGCAUGGAACAUCGAGGUGGCUGUGGAGCAGAUAAUGACUCUGGUGAUGGUUCAGGAUUGAUGAGUUCAAUCCCAUGGGAUCUAUUUGACAAUUGGGCUAACAAGCAAGGGAUUUCUUCCUUUGACAAGUUGCACACUGGUGUUGGAAUGGUUUUCCUCCCAAAAGAUGACGACCUUAUGAAAGAAGCCAAAAAAGUUAUUGUGAAUAUUUUUAGACAAGAGGGUCUUGAAGUGCUCGGAUGGAGACCUGUUCCUGUCAAUGCUUCUGUAGUUGGUUACUAUGCAAAAGAAACAAUGCCCAACAUACAACAGGUAUUCGUCAAAGUUGUUAAAGAGGAAAAUGUUGAGGACAUUGAACGAGAACUGUACAUAUGCCGGAAGUUAAUCGAGAAAGCAGCAAGCUCAGAAAGUUGGGGAAAUGAGCUUUAUUUCUGUUCUUUGUCCAAUCAAACAAUAGUUUACAAGGGAAUGCUCCGCUCAGAAAUUCUUGGUUUAUUUUAUUCUGACCUCCAAAGUGACCUGUAUAAAUCCCCUUUUGCCAUCUAUCAUCGGAGGUAUAGCACAAAUACCACUCCCAGAUGGCCCCUUGCACAACCAAUGAGGUUACUUGGUCACAACGGAGAGAUUAAUACCAUACAGGGAAACUUGAACUGGAUGCAAUCUCGUGAAGCUUCAUUGAAAUCACCUGUAUGGAAUGGUCGUGAAAAUGAAAUUCGGCCAUACGGCAAUCCGAAGGCAUCUGACUCUGCAAAUCUUGAUAGUGCUGCUGAAUUAUUACUAAGAAGUGGCCGCAGUGCUGAGGAGGCUCUAAUGAUCCUUGUCCCAGAGGGAUACAAAAAUCACCCAACUUUGUCGAUAAAAUAUCCUGAGGUGGUUGAUUUUUUUGACUAUUACAAGGGUCAGAUGGAGCCUUGGGAUGGACCUGCUUUACUGUUAUUCAGUGAUGGAAAAACAGUUGGGGCCUGUCUUGAUCGCAAUGGACUUCGCCCGGCUAGGUAUUGGCGGACAUCUGAUAAUGUUGUAUAUGUUGCAUCUGAGGUUGGUGUUCUACCUGUGGAUGAUUCAAAAAUUACAAUGAAAGGCCGUCUAGGUCCUGGAAUGAUGAUAGCUGCUGAUUUAAUAAGUGGUCAGGUUUAUGAGAACACAGAAGUUAAAAAGCGAGUAGCCUUGUCACAUCCAUAUGGAAAGUGGGUCCAGGAAAACAUGCGAUCCUUGAAAGCUGUGAACUUCCUUUCAGGCACUGUUGCAGAAAAUGAUGCAAUCCUAAGGCGGCAACAGGCAUUUGGCUACUCCAGUGAGGAUGUCCAAAUGGUUAUUGAGACUAUGGCUUCGCAAGGGAAGGAGCCAACAUUUUGCAUGGGAGAUGAUAUCCCAUUGGCAAUAUUAUCUCAGAGGCCACAUAUGCUUUAUGACUAUUUCAAGCAACGGUUUGCACAGGUUACAAAUCCAGCCAUUGAUCCUCUUAGAGAAGGUUUGGUUAUGUCUCUUGAAGUCAACAUUGGAAAAAGACAAAAUAUUUUGGAGGUUGGACCUGAAAAUGCAUCACAGGUUAUCUUGUCUAGUCCUGUGCUGAAUGAAGGGGAACUUGACUUGCUGCUAAAGGACGAUCAGUUGAAACCCCAAGUUUUACCUACAUUUUUUGAUAUCCAUAAAGGGGUUGAUGGUUCCUUGGAAAAGACACUAUAUAGGCUUUGUGAAGCUGCUGAUGAAGCUGUUCAAAAUGGAUGCCAAUUGCUUGUGCUCUCUGAUCGGUCUGAUGAGCUGGAAGCAACUCGCCCUGCAAUUCCAAUCCUUCUUGCUGUUGGUGCUGUUCAUCAGCAUCUUAUUCAAAAUGGCUUGCGAAUGUCAGCUUCUAUCAUAGUGGAUACUGCUCAGUGCUUUAGCACACAUCAGUUUGCCUGCUUGAUUGGAUAUGGUGCAAGUGCUGUGUGCCCAUACUUGGCAUUGGAGACGUGUCGGCAAUGGCGUCUGAGUACUAAAACAGUAAAUUUAAUGCGGAAUGGGAAGAUGCCCACUGUAACGAUUGAACAAGCUCAAAAGAAUUUCUGCAAGGCUGUUAAGGCUGGUCUUCUUAAAAUUCUUUCCAAAAUGGGCAUCUCGUUGCUUUCAAGUUAUUGCGGUGCACAGAUAUUUGAGAUUUAUGGAUUAGGGAAGGAGGUUGUUGAUCUCGCAUUUUGUGGGAGUAUAUCAAGUGUUGGUGGAUUAACUUUUGAUGAGCUUGCAAGGGAGACUUUGUCUUUCUGGGUGAAGGCUUUCUCUGAGGAUACAGCUAAAAGACUUGAAAAUUUUGGAUUUAUACAAUUCAGACCAGGAGGUGAGUAUCAUGGAAACAACCCAGAGAUGUCAAAACUGCUCCACAAAGCUAUUCGCCAAAAAAAUGAAAAUGCUUUUUCAGUUUAUCAGCAGCAUUUAGCUAACCGGCCUGUGAAUGUGCUCCGCGAUCUCGUUGAGUUCAAAAGUGACCGUGCUCCAAUUCCUGUGGGAAAGGUUGAACCUGCUGUAUCCAUUGUUCAACGGUUCUGCACCGGUGGGAUGUCACUUGGAGCUAUUUCAAGAGAAACUCAUGAGGCUAUAGCCAUUGCAAUGAAUAGAAUAGGUGGAAAGUCAAAUUCUGGAGAAGGUGGCGAGGAUCCUAUUCGUUGGAAACCACUUACAGAUGUCGUUGAUGGGUACUCUCCGACCCUUCCACAUCUCAAAGGUCUUCAAAAUGGAGAUACUGCUACAAGUGCCAUCAAGCAGGUGGCUUCAGGACGUUUUGGUGUCACUCCAACCUUCUUGGUCAAUGCCGAUCAGCUGGAAAUCAAAAUUGCCCAAGGUGCGAAGCCUGGGGAAGGUGGCCAAUUGCCUGGUAAAAAAGUUAGUGCAUAUAUUGCAAGGUUGAGAAAUUCUAAACCUGGGGUUCCACUCAUAUCUCCACCUCCACACCAUGACAUUUAUUCCAUAGAGGAUCUUGCACAAUUGAUCUAUGAUCUUCACCAGGUGAACCCUAAAGCUAAGGUGUCAGUAAAGCUUGUGGCAGAAGCUGGAAUUGGCACUGUUGCUUCUGGUGUUGCAAAGGGUAAUGCUGAUAUCAUACAGAUAUCAGGCCAUGAUGGUGGAACUGGAGCCAGUCCUAUAAGUUCCAUCAAGCAUGCUGGUGGUCCCUGGGAACUAGGACUCACAGAAACACACCAGACACUCCUUUCAAAUGGACUGAGAGAACGAGUCAUUUUAAGAGUUGACGGCGGCUUUAAAAGUGGAGUUGAUGUCCUAAUGGCUGCAGCAAUGGGGGCCGAUGAAUAUGGAUUUGGUUCUGUGGCAAUGAUUGCUACGGGAUGUGUUAUGGCCCGCAUUUGCCAUACAAAUAAUUGUCCAGUUGGCGUAGCCAGUCAGAGAGAAGAACUGCGUGCUCGAUUUCCUGGAGUUCCUGGUGAUCUUGUCAACUUUUUCUUAUAUGUUGCUGAGGAGGUAAGAGGUAUGUUGGCACAGUUGGGAUAUGAGAAGUUAGACGAUAUAAUUGGGAGGACAAAUUUACUUAGGCCGCGAGAUAUAUCUCUAGUGAAAACACAACAUCUUGAUCUCAGUUAUCUUCUCUCAAACGUUGGAUUACCAAAAUGGAGCAGUACCAUGAUCAGGAAUCAAGAUGUUCACACUAAUGGACCCGUUCUAGAUGAUAUUUUACUAGCAGAUCCAGAGAUAUCAGAUGCAAUUGAGAAUGAAAAGGUGGUCUAUAAGACCAUAAAGAUAUACAAUGUUGACCGUGCAGUUUGUGGGCGUAUAGCAGGAGUGGUUGCCAAAAAGUAUGGUGACACUGGUUUUGCUGGGCAGCUGAACAUAACCUUUACAGGGAGUGCUGGACAGUCAUUUGGGUGCUUCUUGACACCUGGGAUGAACAUUCGGCUUGUUGGAGAGGCAAACGAUUAUGUCGGAAAGAGUAUUUCUGGCGGCGAGUUGGUUGUGACUCCAGUUGAGAAUACUGGGUUUUGCCCUGAGGAUGCAACUAUUGUAGGGAAUACCUGCUUGUAUGGAGCCACUGGGGGUCAAAUCUUCAUUAGAGGGAAAGCUGGGGAACGAUUUGCUGUAAGAAACUCACUUGCGCAAGCAGUGGUUGAAGGCACCGGAGACCACUGUUGUGAAUACAUGACUGGCGGUUGUGUAGUUGUACUUGGAAAAGUGGGUAGAAAUGUUGCUGCUGGAAUGACUGGAGGUUUGGCAUACAUUCUUGAUGAGGACAAUACUUUCAUCCCGAAGGUAAAUAGGGAGAUUGUGAAAAUCCAAAGAGUAAAUGCUCCUGUGGGGCAGAUGCAGCUGAAGAGCCUUAUUGAAGCCCAUGUUGAAAAAACUGGAAGCGGCAAGGGCUCUGCGAUCCUGAAGGAGUGGGACAAAUAUUUACCACUGUUUUACCAGCUGGUUCCACCUAGUGAAGAAGACACUCCAGAGGCAUGUGCAGACUAUGAGCAAACAGCUGCUGUCGAUGUGACUUUGCAGUCCACCGCAUAGACUAAUAUUGGCACUGUACAAUGAAACCCAACAUAAAAGACCCAGAAGUUUCCAACCUACCUUGUAUAGAUCGUAGAGAAACGUGACUGUUAUACUGGAAAACUCGGUGCUAAUAUAUGGGAUUUCGAAGGGCCUUUGCACCAUUGCGGACAACAAGCUACAAGUAGAAGAACAUCACUGCCUGGAGUCUAAGAAUCUGAUCAUAACAUUCUUCCACUAGUGCAGAUGUAUAGUGAGUGCUUGAGGUAGAAAUUGUAAAUUCAAGCUUGUUCAUAUAGUUCUAGUCUUAUCAAAACUGCUGCUGUUGAGACUGCAAGCCAGUUCAGAGCUCCACUCUUGUGAAAGCUUUGGUGACAGUACAUUUGCUUGCCAUUCUUGUUCCGUUUGCGCCUAAUGAAAUGAAAAUCACCUUUGAGCUUUUAUUUA